UUUUUGAAAAUUACUCGACCUAUCACUCUAAGCUCACGCGCAUUUUCGUACGCGCCACUCUCCACGCGCUCCUAAUCCCAUCCGGACCAUCGUCCAACCGAUUUCCCUGUUCCUCCCUCUCAUUUCACUCCUCUCUCUAACUCAAACCAACCCUUUCAACUGCCCAAUCAACCGCUCCCCCCGUAUCUCACCUCUUCUCCUCUUAUUUUCGUUGUGAAAUUUUCCGUCGGAGGCAGCCGUAGGGUGCAGACAUGUACAGGGACGUGUCCAGCUGCAACACCUACAACUAUGGCGAUGCUGUCUACUGGGACGCUCGUUAUCUGCAUGAGGCUGGCUCUUUCGAUUGGUAUCAGCGUUAUUCUUCUCUUCGUCCUUUUGUUCGUAAGUUCAUCAGCACUUCCGCCUCCGUCCUUAUGGUCGGCUGUGGUAAUGCUGUCAUGUCAGAAGAUAUGGUCAAGGAUGGAUAUGAAGACAUAAUGAACGUUGACAUUUCUUCGGUAGCAAUUGACAUGAUGAAAAGAAAGUAUCAGUUCAUCCCCCAGUUAAAAUAUAUGGAAAUGGAUGUCAGGGACAUGAGCUUUUUUCCAGACGAGAAGUUUGGUGCUGUCAUUGAUAAAGGGACACUUGAUUCGUUGAUGUGUGGCACUGAUGCUCCGAUUAGUGCUGCUCAAAUGCUGGGAGAAGUGAGUAGGCUUCUUAAACCAGGAGGAGUCUAUUUACUGAUUUUUGGUGGUUUGCAGAUAACAUAUGGUGAUCCCAAAGUAAGGAUGCCCCAUUUGAUGCGACCUUCAUACAAUUGGAAAAUAGCGCUGUUUAUAAUCCCAAGGCCAGGAUACCAAAGGCCGGAAGAGUGUAGUACACCAGAGAAAUCAUAUCUUGAACCGGUGCCUCUGACCGAAAAUGGGUUAUUGUCGCCAAAUUUUGUUAUGGAAGACCCAGAUUCUCACUUCAUAUACGUGUGUCAAAAAUUGGAUGACUCGGAUCCAAAUAACAUAGUGCCUCCAUAUCUGUUGAGCACAGAUGCGUUAUAGGAACAAAAAAAAAAGGUACCUUUACCUACCUCAUAUCAUUGAUUGCAUGUUAUAUGCAUUGUUAUAAAAUGAUGUUCGUUGUAAAAGAGAAUUAAUAGACAUAAAAACACGUUGAAAUUAACACAUAAUUGAGGGGAUACCAUACCCUGAGUCUAGGUGGAGAUGGCUUCUUCGAACAUAGAAACAAUUGAUAUCACUGUGGCUAUUCAAACCAAAUGCCUAAUUCAUUACGACAAUGAACUGGCCAUGUUCUUUGUGCCUUC